AUGGAUAAUGCCCACGAUCUGUCGUCACGCCCUCUCUCAUUCGAGUUGGAGAGUAACCACCACUCACUUCGCCAGCUAACACCUCCCAUUGCCAGUUCAUAUUCGUUCAACGAAAAUGAUGAUGCCUCCCACUCGCUGCUACCGGCGCCACUUGACAACCAUCAUCCUUCUACCAGCUCACAAGGGCCUCCCGUUAUCAUACAGCAUAACACUUACGAAGACCCGCACCAGCAAAGUGAAUCCGAAGCGACCAGUCAGACAUCCUGGCAGCGACGACAGAAAUCGGGCUCAGGCCUGCGCCGCUACCCAACUCGCAGGAUCAAUCUAGUUCAGGGAUCCGUUCUUAGUGUUGACUAUCCUGUUCCUAGCGCCAUUCGCAAUUCGGUCGAGGCAAAGUAUCGCGACUCAAGUGAUGCUACAGCUGAGGAGUUCACUCACCUACGAUACACGGCUGCGACUUGCGACCCCGACGAUUUCAAUUUACGCAAUGGCUAUAACUUGAGGGCCGCCAUGUUUAAUCGACACACCGAGAUUCUGAUUGCAAUUACCUAUUAUAACGAGGACAAAGUUCUUACCUCUCGGACUCUUCACGGUGUCAUGCAAAAUAUUCGAGAUAUCGUCAAUCUGAAAAAGACACAAUUUUGGGACAAGGGAGGACCUGCAUGGCAAAAGAUUGUUGUCUGUCUUGUGUUCGAUGGUAUUGGUCCUUGCGAUAAGAAUACUCUUGAUGUCUUGGCCACAGUCGGCAUAUAUCAGGAUGGAAUCAUGAAACAUGAUGUCGAUGGGAAGGAGACAGUGGCUCAUAUCUUCGAAUAUACCACACAGCUAUCGGUAACCCCUUCCCAGCAGCUAGUCCGCCCGCAGAGCGACAGUCCUGAGAACCUGCCGCCCGUACAGAUGAUCUUUUGCUUGAAGCAAAAGAACAGCAAGAAGAUUAACUCACAUCGUUGGUUAUUCAAUGCGUUUGGAAGGAUUCUAAACCCGGAAGUCUGUAUAUUGAUUGACGCAGGAACGAAGCCCGGUCACAAAUCCCUUCUUGCGCUCUGGGAGGCGUUCUACAACAACAAGAAUCUGGGAGGCGCCUGUGGCGAAAUCCAUGCGCUACUCGGCCCACGAUGGGAGAAGCUAGUCAAUCCCUUGGUAGCUGCGCAGAACUUCGAGUACAAAAUAUCCAACAUAUUGGACAAACCUUUAGAGAGUGCCUUUGGGUACGUCAGUGUUCUCCCGGGAGCAUUUUCUGCUUACCGCUACCGUGCUAUCAUGGGUCGACCGUUAGAACAGUACUUCCAUGGCGACCAUACUUUAUCAAAGAAACUUGGUAAAAAGGGGAUAGAAGGCAUGAAUAUCUUUAAGAAGAAUAUGUUUCUUGCCGAGGAUCGAAUUCUGUGCUUCGAGCUCGUUGCAAAGGCGGGAUACAAAUGGACACUCAGUUAUGUGAAAGCCUCGAAGGGCGAGACAGACGUUCCAGAAGCACCCCCAGAGUUUCUUAGUCAAAGGCGCCGAUGGUUGAAUGGAUCCUUCGCAGCCAGCCUCUAUUCGGUCAUGCACUUCAACCGCAUCUACAAAAGUGGCCAUAAUAUACUCCGACUCCUUUUUCUGCAUGUGCAGCUCGUCUAUAACAUCUGUCAACUUACUAUGACUUGGUUCUCUCUCGCUUCCUACUGGCUUACUACUUCGGUCAUCAUGGACAUCGUUGGGACUCCAAGUGCGACGAAUAAAAACAAGGGAUGGCCAUUUGGAAACGCUGCAUCACCUAUCGUCAAUAAUAUCAUCAAGGCUUUAUAUCUGGCAUUCUUAAUGCAGCAAUUCUUCCUUGCGCUCGGAAACCGGCCUAAAGGGUCCCAAACUUCCUAUAUUCUAACCUUUCUCUACUUCGCUGUUGUUCAACUUUACAUCCUCGUACUAUCAUUUUACCUUGUAGCCCAGGCAUUCGCCGGCGGCAAUAUAGAUCUCGAUUUCGAUAAUGGGGCCGGAGGAUUCGUGGGUUCUUUUUUCACUUCGACUACAGGUCUAGUGUUGAUCGCGCUGGUCUCAACGUACGGAACUUACAUCAUAGCGAGCAUACUCUAUUGCGAUCCUUGGCAUCUUCUGACAUCUUCCUGGGCGUAUUUUCUCGGGAUGCCUUCGACCAUCAAUGUCCUUAACGUCUACGCGUUCUGCAACUGGCAUGAUGUCUCGUGGGGGACGAAAGGCUCAGAUGACACGGCUUCCCUUCCUUCCGCCAAGACGAAGAAAUCAGAAACGCAAAAAAGCUUCGUUGAGGAGGUUGACAAACCACAGGCCGAUAUCGAUAUCGACUUCGAGUUAACUGUCCGACGCGCCCUUUCACCCUGGCAGGAACCGAUGGAGAAAAAGGAGGUGCAGUUGGAGGACUCAUACAAAACCUUCCGAACCAAUCUGGUGCUACUGUGGACGUUAUGCAAUGGCUUACUGGCAUUGCUGAUCAACAAUGAUAGUGUGAGGAAUCUAUGCUUGACGACAACGUCGACGGAUCGUACGGCUUGGUAUUUCAAGGUCAUCCUAUGGGCUACGUCGGGCCUAUCUGUCUUUAGAUUUCUGGGUGCUCUUUGGUUUUUGGGAAAGACGGGGCUAUUGUGUUGUUUCUCCCGGCGCUAG